AAUUAGUUUUGCACAAUCGUUUAGCGGGUUGAGUUGAGAGUCCACGCGAGUCCCAAUGGCGACCACCUACGUAAUCAGCGGUCCAGCACCAGGUGUGCAGCCAGCCUUUGUAGCAACGAGCGCCCCACAACCGCAACUGACCUACAUCGAUGUAAUCGAAGAUCCUCGAACCCAGCGCGGCUACAAUCGCUGGACAAAUGGCCACAACGCCCACACGGCAACCUUUGGAUUCCUGCUCUUUACCUAUGGCGGAAUGGAUAUGGCCCAGGGUCUUCAAUGGAAUCUGGGAACUGGUAUUGCAAACACAGCUGAGAUUCAAUUCAGUUGGUUCAUUGGCGUCAUCAUUGGAGCCUUUGUAGCAGGUCUUGUAAUAACCCAUGUGCCGAAGAAAUAUUUCUAUCUUCUGGGCGGGGUCAUGAUGUUCAUUGAUGGUGUUAUCUUUGUGAGUGCACCCUUCAAGUACGACCCAAUUAGAGCCGCUCGCUAUGUGGGCGGGGUGGGCAUGGGACUGAUCACGGUGGCCUUCAUCAUACACAACUCGGAGGUAACUCUUGGCAAUACACGUGGCAAGUGGUGUGGCAUGGAGCAAUUCGGCUUGUCCCUGGGCAUACUCAUCCAGGUGCUGAUGGACUCGCAAUGGGACUACGACUCGAGUAUUAACAUCAAUACGGCGCAUGGCAUCAUGGGCAUCAUCUUCACCGUCUUGGCCACCGGCACCGUGGCCAUGUCCGUUGAGUCUCCCAUCUUCUACCUGCGCAGCAACAACGAGGACGAGGCGCGCAACUGUCAGACUCAGCUGCUGGGCACCGCGGUGCCAACGGAUAUAUACGAGGCCAUCUUUGCCGAGGCAAAGGGCUACGUCAUGGAGAGCAACAGUCGCAGCUUCGGCGAAGAGCUCGCGGCAUCCGGAAUGCCCUUCAUCAAAAUGCUCUUCAGCCGCUGCCUUGUGGCGUUCUCCUUCUCAUAUCCGCUCAGCGCUGCCAUGCUGAACAGCACUGUGGUCUGGAAGGGUUCCAUGCACAGCUGGCCAAUAAUUUUGUGGACCAUUCUGCGCUUCGUUGGCGUCCUCAUCGCAAUCGCCAUCGUGGACAAGCUCGGCCGCAAGUUCAUUUCGCUGGUGGGACUCCUGUGCAUGGCGGCCCUCAUGCUCGCUUUGGCUGGCAUCUUUACGCACGAUCCAAACUUUUCAAGCACCUAUUAUAUGGCAGAAGUGUCUCGCGUCUCCCUAGCCUUCCAGAUCUUUGCUGGCUUCUUCGUGAUCAGCACACCAACUUACCUGGGCGAGGCUUUCCCCAUGAAGGUGAAGCCUUAUCUCAUUGGCUUUGUCGUGUGCCUUGAGCAGCUGAUUCACAUCAUUGUGAUCGUCACAUUCGGCAAGACCUCUGACUGCUUCUUCCAGUACUUUGUUGGCGUGGGCAUUAUAUUGGCGGUCAGCCUGAUCAUCUUUGCAGUCUUGAUGCCCGAAACUCGAGACCUCUCCCUCCGACAGGCUAACGAACGUUUCUGUCGCUACUAUGACGUGAUGUCUUACUAAGAACCAACUUACAGUGGGGCCAAACAUGUUUGACACGGUCAAAUUUGUAUUCUGCUUGUAUCCAGCU